AUGAGACGAUUUUCGACCGCGGUGAUCAUCACAGAUCCCCUCGUCAAGUAUCAAACUCAUGUAGCCGCUGGUCUUUACGCCCCGGAUCCGUCUCAGCAUCGACUUGCCAGGCACUUACAUAAGAUAUAUCUUCGCAUCAAGGACUAUUCGCCUCAAGCUGAGUAUCGCCAACGUUUGAAACAGGUCGCCCGUUUGACUGAGAAGGAGCCCAAGGAAGAUGACGAGGACAAGGGCAAUAUUCUUGCCUUGCGCAAUCACUCUAUAUGGCGAAAUCCGCUGUUCGAACACCUCCUCGCAACGCCUGAAGGGAAAGAGAGUCUCGCCUUGACUAGGGUACUGAUGAACCAUGAGUCGGCGAUUGAAAUAGACUCGCCCAAGGGUUUAUUCCUUUCAGGAGAAGUAGGCACUGGAAAGUCAAUGCUUCUCGACUUACUUGCUGAUGGUCUGCCAACUGAACGGAAGCGGAGAUGGCACUUCAAUACGUUUAUGCUCUAUACCAUCUCCCAGCUCGAGCAUCACCGAAAAGCAAACUUCAGAGCAACAGAGACUGAAACCGAUUACUCUAUCUUGUGGAUGGCCAAGAAGCUGGUCGACGAGUCGCCCAUUCUGUUCCUCGACGAGUUCCAGUUGCCCGAUAAAGCAGCCAGCAAGAUCCUCAGCCAUCUCUUCAUCGCCUUCUUCCAGAUGGGCGGCGUCCUCAUCGCAUCUUCAAACCGCAUGCCGGAAGAGCUUCAGAAUGCUAUUGGCGUCGACUACACACCCGCCCCAACAAAGGGGUUGAUUCGCAAGUUUUUCGGUGGUGCAAUGCGUGCCCAAGGCGAGCUGUAUGGCUCAACUAGCGACUUUGCAAACUUCCUCGAAGUUCUAAAGGCUAGAUGCGACUUUUGGCAAAUGGAAGGCGCUACAGAUUGGCGAAGAAAGGAAGAAACACACAGUCCUUCUGUUAUGACUGGAGAAGCCGUUGAGGGUGAACCCAUGGUGGAAGAAGUCAUCACUCAAGAAGAGCCCGAAAGGAUAACGAAGAAGCCGGUCAAUUAUUACCUGUCAACAGAUGAGCAGGAUCCAUGGCGAGAGCGAAUAGAGACUGCUCUUACAUGGAAAGGCCCUCAGCCACUACCGUGGGAGCCAUCAACCGUCGUGGUGUAUGGGCGAAAGGUCCACACGCCUCGUCAUUACAACGGGUAUGUUUUCUGGGAUUUUGAGAAGCUCGUCGAAACAUUUGGCCCAGCUGAUUAUAUCACGAUGGCCUCUACCUAUCAUACCUUCAUUAUCGAUAAUGUUCCCAUUCUUACGCACGCAAAGAAGAACGAGGCUCGACGGUUCAUCACGCUCCUGGAUGCGCUCUACGAAGCCCGUUGCAAACUGAUCAUCAGGGCCCAGAACCCACCGGAUACUCUGUUCUUUCCAAAGAAGAAGGCAACCACAGCCGGGAAGUCAAACAAUCCCAACGAGCCCGAUGAUCUCAUUUCCGAAACUAUUGCCGAAGUGUACCAAGAUCAGAUGGCUCCAUUCCGACCCAAUGUGGCAUACUACGACACGAAGAAUAGCACUGCAUCAUACGAUCCAGACCAGGACUCCGACUUUGGAAUACAAACGAAACCAGUCGAUUUCGCAAACACCAGCGCCUUUACCGGAGAAGACGAGCGUUUCGCAUAUAAGCGGGCAAUCUCCCGUCUGUGGGAACUGUGCAGCGCACAAUGGCAUGCUAGGACAGGAGAAUGGUGGCAACCACUGCCCGUUGAGGCAAGGCAUUGGGAGGGUGGUGCAAUCUCACAGCGCAUUCAACACCAGAUUGGUGCAAGCCGAUUGACCAAGGAUGAGGGCAUGGGCCAGAGUCUGGAGGUUGAUGAGUUGGCUGGACUGUCGAAGUGGAGGGUGGAGGAUUUGAAGAAGAACGAGAAGAGUAUGUAG